AUGUCAAACACUCAAAUCCCUAUUAAUGAGAAUCACCUCUCUUCAACUGAAGAUACUGCCUUAGACACCAUUGUCGGGCAGCUUCAGCCCUUCACUCAAGAGGACAUCACUGGCUCAGGCCUACAAGCCGACCAGGCAACCACAUCUACGGACGAGAUCAUCAGAGACAAGAUGCAGUUGGAGAACGAAAAGACGGCGGAGUACUCCCGGAUUGCGGCAAGACGUAAGAAGGCUCUCAAUCAGUUGCCACUUAUGAACCGUGACGAGGCGUCCAGAGCCAUCGACCAGCUCCUCGCCAGAUUAGAGUCAGAGAGGAGAGAGUCGGCUGUUCGCAGACGCACCGCUGCCAGCAAUCGUAAACGGAUGCAGAGAGAACGUCGUGAUCUCAACUAUUCCUUGCUUCGGACAAGCUCGACUAUGAGUAUCCCCUCCACUGUGCCCUCAACCAGUGUCAAUACGUCAAUGAUAUGA